AUGAUUCCCGCCAACGCACUCAUAAACACUCUCCAAUCGGGCAAACCUAAACGCUCUGGUGCGCCCAAGAGCCGCAAUGGCUGUGUCUCAUGUAAACAAAUGCACUUGAGGUGUGACGAGGCAAAACCAACAUGCAGUCGAUGUCAAAGGUCUCGACGAUCCUGCGAAUACGUUCAGGCGGGACAAAUUACAAGCCAGCCUCCCACACAAGCAAAGCGCCUUUUACCAAAGCAAGGGCCCGCGAGCCAUGAAAUCCUCUCGGUUUCUCCCCAUCUAAUUCAGCCUACAUCUUCCAGUCUAGAGCCCCAUGAAGUACCCUACUUCGAUCUCUUCCGUUACCAAAUGGCUCAUGACUUUGGAUAUACACCUUGUACUCUUUUCUGGAACAAGGUCAUACCACGUGAAGCUAUGAACGAUGACUGUGUAAAGUUCUCUGUCUUGAGUGUUGGCGCGCUCAUGCAAUCUCUUUACCGUCUUGGCCCAAAGCCAUAUACUGGCCUCAAGCCUUUUUCAGAUCUCUCUAGAGCAUCCAGCGACCCAACUUACCGUAUCGCUCUACAUUAUCACUCAAAAGCGAUUUCCACUCUACAAGCCCGAAUCAAGUCCAACUUCGCCACUGUUUCCAGGCGCAAUACUCUCAUAAACAUGUUCAUCCUGUUUCUCUUCGAACUGAUGCACGGGAAUACCGCAACAGCUGAUCGUAUGCUCACAAGCAGCGUAGAACUAUUACGACAGCAAAAAGAUCAACUGGCAGAAGAAGUCAAUCAAGGGUUCGAGCCGCAGCCAGAACCUAUUUAUACAGCAAUCUCCAACGAUGAGGGGUUGGAUCAAGCUGAGAGGAUUCUUCCCCGUUUGCAAGUCUUCUUUAGUCUGAAUUCUUGCUUCUUUCCUCUACAGAGAGACUGCUGGUCGCGCUUUUCUACCCAAUCGAUACCUUGCACGGUCCCUUCAGCAAAAACAGACUUCAAUCAAUUUGCCGCUAUGUGGAAUAGUUUCAUCACUCGAGCUGUGAUCUUCGUGGUCAAGAUCUUGCAGGAUCGUUCAUACUGCGAUACAUUUCAUAGAGCGUCUUUGAUGGCACGCCGAGAUAUGCUCCUCAAACAGCUUCGCCAGUGGGAAAUUGUCAUUGUCGAAAGACUGGACGUUGAAACAAACACGGUUGCUAAAAACACAACGAAAAUAUUUCACGUCGGACAAAAGGUUGUCUAUAUUCUCCUGAACUGCUGCCUUGAUCCUAUGGAGACAGCUUACGAUAAGUACGAUAGCGUGUUCGCCGAUAUCAUGGACAUGAUGCAUUCUGUCGAGGGUACUUCUGGCCCAUCAACGCGAAUCGAGACUGUCUUGGACAUCUACGUUCUUCCUGUCCUCAACUUUGUAUCGCAAAAGUGUAGGAACAAGGCAAUUCGAUCGGAUUCUCUGAACCUCUUCGAAAAGAUGACAUCUACCAUGGGCGGGUGGGAGACCAGAGCCAGCUUGCUAGCUCGUCGACGGCUUAUGCAGAUCGAGGAAGAUGGCCGCGACGAGAACGGUGUUAUUCCUACAGGCUCUAGAUACAUCUGGACCGAUACAUCUUGGGAUAAAGAUCAGUCUUAUCUGAUAGUCUACUUUCACGAGGCUGGGUACAGAACUCUUUGUAACAAGGUGAUAGAGGACAAGAUUUAUUUAGAAUAG